CUGCUUCAUUUGUGGUCUGUGCUCAACUGUCAAAUAUAUAAUUUACGUCUUGCAUGUGUUUCGUGCGCUUAUUUUGUAAAAUAAAAACACCAUUUUGUGAAUUGAAUUAUUAACUUUCGUCCGUUAUCAAAGAUAUUAAGACUGACUUAAGUUUGGAAUACUGCUCGUGUCCAUUCUUCUGUUAGAAAAUAUUCCUCAAAAUGGACAGUAAAUAUCGGCGUAAUGGACGCCUGAUCGAUAUAGUAGAUGAAGAGUGGAAAGCGGAAAAAUUGCCUGAUGAAGACAUCCAGGUGCCGCUGGAAGAGCUACCGGACCCUGAGGCGGAUAAUGCUGAUUCCCACUUGACCCUCAAAGAGCAAAGCAUGCGCUGGCAGGAGAACUUCCCAGAACCAGCGAGCAGUAAUCUAAACUAGAACACAUAGCAAUAAGAGAGCAGCUCACAAAAUAUCUUAACGGAAAUGUUAAGCUGCUCACAACUAGAUGUAUUAUAAAAGAAACAGAAAAAAUUGCAAAAAAGACUCAUGGUGCAUUAACUAUACUGAAACAAUUUGGU